GCUGGGAACCACGAAUCCCUCUCAAACGACCCAUUCCAAACUCUCAGCACUGUGGUUGUCAAGACACCCCAUACGUAAUGGAGAAAACAUCGAAGAUUGGAUCUAGCUGUUGUCGAUUUAGAAAGUUUACAUUAAAGCUUUUCAGAAUGCAUUUUGAUUGUUGAAUUAAGCCGUGCUUUAACAUUCAGCAAGUUUAUAUGACAUCAUCUGUUGGUACAAAAACCGGUGACUUUCCAAUUAUGACUGCAAUACCACACUACAGAGCAAAACCCACAAAUUUUAGAAGUCUGGAUAACGUUCUCCCAGUAACCAGUAUUCUGCACUGAUCAGCUUAAAAAUCACCAUGGAAAUGCAUCUUUGUAAAGCAGAAGGAAAGAGGAAUAUCCGAGAUUUAAUAUUGACAGCAUGUAUUGCCAUAUCUGGGAAAAAGCUAGUUUGUUGUGUUUAAGCAGUGAUCUCAUUUAAACUUUUGACAUUCUGUGCCAUGGUGGAGAGACACGGCAUCUGUGUGUCUUUGUUAAGGCUGUAGUUAACCUGGUGUUGUCAUGUCAUUAUAGUGGAACUCAAUAUUCUAUUUAUAUAUUUUAUAUCUAUCAUAGCUGAUGUUGACACUGCAUACAAAGAGGAAUAAGCUGCUUUUAUUGAAAGCAACGCCCAGUCGAAUUUGUUUGUUUUUUUAAAGACUCACAGAUGUUAAAAUGAUAAGGGCACUUUGGACUUUUUAAUAAGGCACAUGAAUCUUUUGUGUACAUUCACACAGAUUUAAGAUUGUUUUAUUCACAUUACAGUGAUCUAUUCAAUGUGAACAUGCAUCAAGAUGAAAUUGAUUUGAUUUUUUUCAGGUAAAAGAUAUUGUCAUAGUAACAUAGUUUUUUUCUUAUUAAGGAAUUAAUUAUUUUUUUCACUGAAUAUGAAACUAUAUUCUGUUGUGGAAGUGUAUGUUUUGCCACUGAAUUUGAAACUAUAUUCUCUUGUGGGAGUUUACAUUUUGCCACUGAAUAUGGAACUAUUUUCUGUUGUGGAAGUUAACAUUCCAGUAUUAGGAUAGACAUGAACCACACAUUUGUUGGACCAAUCAUUUUUUAUUAUUUACCCACAAUUCCUUGUCUCUAUUAUCUUAGACUGUAUGAGAGUUGGUUGUUGUUGAUAUCAGUGAUGGUUUUGUGUAUGUGUGUAUAUACAGUUGAACUUCGGUAUUUCGAACAUCGAUAUCUUCAACACCAUGGAUAUGUCGGAGUGAGUUGGAAGCCCCAGUUAAAUUUUCUUUAUGUAUUUUAACCCCAAUAUCUCUAACCCUCAAAUAUCUCAAUGUUUUUUCUCGGCCCUAUUACAAGGUUUGACUGUACAUACACACACUCGCCACUGUGAUCUCAGUUCAUACUUAUAGAAAGUAAAGGCAAGAAACAAUGAUAUAGAUUAUUUGUAUUUUCUCUGCAUUUAGUGUUACUCAAUUGUCUUGAACUGCAUUCAAUCAAAACAGGCUUGAAAUAUACAUGUGCAAAUUAUAGAUGCUAUAAAUGUAAUUAUCAUUUAAAGAGAUUUUUUUGUUAAACAAGAGAUGUAAUUUGCAUUUGAUUCCAAAGAAGUUUUUUUAAAUAGAGAAUUAUUAAAGUGUACAGAUUUUUCCUGUUGGUAAAUAGCAACUUUUAUGAAUUUUACUGAAUAUUGAUGCCAAGUUGUAAAAAUCACACCAUUUAAGAGAAAUAGCUGAUAAGGGCCAAAUUUGGCCCUUAAAAUGUGAGAGAUUCCAAAUUUUAUACUUUUCUAACUUCAAUACUUUUGGGACAAAACCAUAAUAUUUUACAACCAAUUUAGCUAUACUUCUUGUAAUUUGUCAAGACCAUUAAGUGCUACUUUUUUUAUUUUAAAAGCAUAGAGGAACUUUGUGAUGAGAUUACUAUUUUUACCAUUGGCAUAUCUUUGAAAGAUACAUGUACUGUAACAAUAGAAUUUUGUCAACUGCUCUCUGCAGAAAGGAAAAUGGUACAAAAAUAUGCUCUUCUCCAUCUUAUGUUAGAAAGUCUGGGAAAGUCCAAGUAUGAGUUUGAUAAUAUAACCAAAUUGAAAGUCAGAUUAUGGGGCCAAAUUAAGCCCCUGUCGUAUGUAGUCCUUUGAUUCCUAUUAGCAAUGUAGUGAAAUUCAGGUUUUUUUUAUCGCUUUGACAAUGGCUUAUGAUGGUAAACAUUUAAGAAUAAUUUUGAUCUCUGCUUUUCAUUAUAUAUGAAAUACCUUUAACUUUGGGGUUUUUUUUGGCAUAUAACAUUUCAAUGCUAAGUAGAAUUUUGAUUAUUAUAGUCUGGUUGGUUAGAUUGUUUAACUGAACAUCUUUAUUAAGAGACUGUAAUGAAGUUGGGAAAGAAGUAGGGACUUUUAAAAGACCAAUUUAUUCUGGUUCAUAAGUCAGAAACUUUUGUCGAAUCUAAACGAAAACUUCAAUUUGCAUAAAUUGACAACACAAUAUCUCAAUGUUAUGUCAUUUGAAAUGUUCAAAAUUCUAACAUUAUGUCACACCAUCAUAGUACCAGAAUAAUAUUUUCCACAAUAUUGAUCACAUAUUGAUUAAUAAAAUAUCUUGAUUUCAUUUUGGUACUAUUAUUGGUAUUAACUUUCAAAUAUUAGAGACAUUUUUUGCUAAUUUUGAAGAAAGACACCAAUUUGCAACAUGAUGAAACAUUUUAUUUAUGUUGAUCACCGAAGGAAAGAGUACAGGAAAACAUGGUUACAGUGAACACGCUUAUAAUGAAUUCACACUUACAGUAAAACACGGUUACAACAAACACGCUUAUAAUGAAUUCACACUUACAGUAAAACAUGGUUACAGAGAACACACUUAUAAUGAAUUCACACUUACAUUAAAACAUGGUUACAGAGAACACACUUAUAAUGAAUUCACACUUACAGUAAAACACGGUUACAGUGAACACGCUUAUAAUGAAUUCACACUUACAGUAAAACACGGUUACAGAAAACACGCUUAUAAUGAAUUCACACUUACAGUAAAACAUGGUUACAGUGAACACACUUAUAAUGAAUUCACACUUACAGUAAAACAUGGUUACAGUGAACACACUUAUAAUGAAUUCACACUUACAGUAAAACACGGUUACAGAGAACACACUUAUAAUGAAUUCACACUUACAAUAAAACACGGUUACAGUGAACAUGCUUAUAAUGAAUUCACACUUACAGUAAAACACGGUUACAUCAAACACACUUAUAAUGAAUUCACACUUACAGUAAAACACGGUUACAGAGAACACACUAAUAAUGAAUUCACACUUACAGUAAAACACGGUUACAGAGAACACACUAAUAAUGAAUUCACACUUACAGUAAAACACGGUUACAACAAACACGCUUAUAAUGAAUUCACACUUACAGUAAAACAUGGUUACAGUGAACAUACUUAUAAUGAAUUCACACUUACAGUAAAACACGGUUACAGAGAACACACUAAUAAUGAAUUCACACUUACAGUAAAACACGGUUACAACAAACACACUUAUAAUGAAUUCACACUUACAGUAAAACACGGUUACAUCAAACACAUUUUUAAUGAAUUCAUGCUUACAGUAAAACACAGUUACAGAGAACACGCUUAUAAUGAAUUUAUACUUACAGUAAAACAUGGUUACAGCAAACACACUUAUAAUGAAUUCACACUUGCAGUAAAACACGGUUACAGAGAACACACUUAUAAUGAAUUCACACUUACAGUAUAACAUGGUUACAGAGAACACGCUUAUAAUGAAUUCACACUUGCAGUGAAACAAGGUUACAGUGAACACACUUAUAAUGAAUUCACACUUACAGUAGAACAUUGUUAUAAAAGAAUCUGCACUUACAGUGAAACACAGUUACAGCAAACACUCGUAUAAUGAAUUCACGCCUACAGAUAAGUGAUUUUCAUUCCCUGUAGUUUUAUAACAUGUUGAAAACUUAAAUAAUUACAUUUAUAGCGAAUCAAAAUUCUUCGUCGCCAGCACUUUGCUAUAAACAUGUUUUACUGUAUAAUAGGAAAUUUACAGUAUAAUAUGAAACCAACAUCUUUUAGUUUUCUUGAACAAUCGGGGGCCAGUUACAGCCCUUGGCUAUCACAGAGAUUGGUAUUAGACCUUUGUUAACAGCACAAAAUUUAGCAAGACUCAAGACAGAACUUAAGAAAGAAUUAAAGGAUGAAAUAAAGACAUGGUGCUUCCCGGGAAUUAUCACAAUUUUAUACAAGAAUGCUACGUAUACACAUUGGUACAGCACCAGACAAUUGCUAGAAAUUUCAAAGGGACACUACUAAUAGUUUUUGAAAUAUUUUUUUUAUCUUUUUAUUGUAUUGAUGAAAAUUAAUGAAAGUUAAAACAUUUGAACAAAAAAUAAAGUUACGUAUAUUUAGCAUAGAAUGCAUGAAAAUUGUAUACAACCUUGUUAACUUGAUUUGUCAUUGUUGUGCUUUUUCUUUAGCCCUUCCGGAAGCAGCCUACAACAUGAGUUGAGUGAAUGUAUCUUUUUUCUAUCUGACAUGGCAAUGUUAUUCUCUGAAUGUUCCCUGUAAAAUGUUACUAUAUAUAUACUAUUAAAUUCUUCCUUUACAAAAACAUUGGGUCAUACUUCUAGCACAACUAGUUAUAUAAACUAGGAAUUAAGGGAGUGCACCCUAGCUAGAAUGAGCAAUUCAAUGGGAUUUGCAAUCCAGAACAAAUCAAGAUUUAAAUUAAGAAAAUGGUGUGUGAUUUUUCCUCUUUUCAGAGGAAAUCCCGAUUGGCUCAACUUUCUAAAAAGAAAAAAACAUGAGACACUUUGGGGUGUUUUCUUUUUUUUUAAACCAGUUUUCCUCCGAUUUCUGAGGAACUCAGUUACAGCCCUGAAAUUUAUAUUGCACAAUCAAGAUUUAAGAAAAGGGCUGAUUUGGAAAAGCAGGAAUUCCGGAUUCUAUAAAUAAACUCACUACAUGGCAGUUGCAAAAUAAGUGUUGUACAUAUGUAUCGCCACAUUAUCCCAAUAGAGGCUUGUAUACAGUGGAAUCUUCAUUGACUUUUAGGUUGCCCUUGCCCACGAAUUUACAUCCCCCCAAACAUUAAUACAAAAUUUAAAGUUUCUGAAUAAGCUAGGUAUAUGUAUCUCUAGAUAAUGAUAUUUAAUAGUCACUCUAUUGAUUUUAAAAAGACAAUAUUUGAGUUCUUCAUUCUCAAAAAAUAGUUAACUGAACACAAUUAUUAUAAUGUAUAUACAAUGUAAAUAUGAGCAGCGUCCCAUUGUCAUGAUUAUAAUCAAAUUAGUAUGCGUGUUCCAAAGGUUCGAUUUCAAAUGGAAACGGACCCUAGUUAUUAAAACGGGUAGCAGCUGUUCCUUCGCCAAGUGCUUGAAAUUGGAAGUGAAGGGUGGGGUUCUUUCAGACAAGACCAUGACGAGUGCCACAAACAAUACAGCAUUCGCUCGUUGUCUUGAUAUCUGUUUCCAUGUGAGAAAAUGUACAGAAAACUAUUUGCAUCAAUCGAGUUGAAAUGUAAACCGAUUAUGUAUUUCUCUUAGGUUGUGACAAAACUUCAGGGCAAUAUCUGUAUUCAUAAUGGAAAAAAAAUCUGGAAAACAAAAACAAGGUUUUUCUACUAAGUGAUACUACAACUUUGACCUUGAGAAAUAAUAGGCAUCCUCCGCUUGGCAUAAGGUGUAUGUGUACCAAGUUUGACGGUCUUAAACCAACGAUUUGGUCUAUCCUGCCUACAAGGUUUUCCUAAAAAGUGAUACAACUUCGACCUCUGACCUUAAAGAACAAAGGCGUCCUCCACUUGGCAUGAGGAGUAUGUGUACUAAGUUUGAUGGUCCUAGCCCCAAUAGUGCCUACAAGGACCCUGGAAAAACAUUUGGCAUUUUCCUCUCAAAGUGAUUAAAUGUACCAAGUUGUAAGUUCAGUAUGUAUUCUGCCUACAAGGUUUUUCUUGUAACGGAUACCUUGACCUAAAGAACCAAUUGGCAUCUUCCUCUCAUCAUGGUGGUCAAAUGUACCAAGUUAGAAGAUGCCCCAAACGGACUGCCAAUACCAUAAUACAUCCAGUCUUUGACAGGCAUUUAAAAUCCAAGGUCCUGUGUCAGUAUGCACUGGCAUGGAAGUGACCCCAAGAUAUAAUGACCACCUUUUCCCUCAUUAUCUCCCCUUGAAAGUGGGUGGACCCAUUUGAAUGAACAUAAUCAUGACAGUUUGAGCGAAAAAUUUUCAAAUUAAUGUUUUGAUUGCUUAACUAAGGUAUUUCUAAUAGUCAAAAAAAAAAUUGAAUAUCGGUUGUUGAGGUAUAUGCGAGAUACAGCUCACAAUUCUUUGUUAUGUAAACAAGGCUCGUGCCAUGUUUUUGUUUACAUAGGUUACAUAUACUAGUAACUGUUUCGUUUAAAGCAUAUAUUUUCAAUUUACAAGUUAAUUCUGAACACAAUUAAAUAGUUUUUAGCGUUUGGCACAUCUAAUUUUGUUUUAAACAUGCUGUGUUCUAUUAAGCAAUCUAUAUAUAUGUAAACAAAAAUAUGACACAAGCUUUCUUUACAUAACAAAUUGCGAGUGCUGUAUCUCACUUAUAACUCAACAACUGAUAUUCAAAUUUUGGUUGACCAUCAGAAAUACUUUAGUUAAGUAUUGUAAACAAUAAAAAUGGAAAAAUAUAAUUUGAAAAUUUUCAGCUCAAAUCAUGUCCAUGCCCCUUUAAUAUUCAUCUGUCGCCUUUCAAAAACUUGUUCCCUUGCUUUUAUCGGUCACCAGUGUCACAAACAGGCAUCCACUGUUUUCCAAUUUAAAUAAUUUUGUACUUUAAUUUUAGUUCACUGGACAUUGUCCAAAUGACCUUGUGUUAGGAAGUGACCUUAUUUUGAAAUUAGACUAGGUCCUCUCUAAAACACCGCACACAAUUCAUAACAAAGCCAGUCUGGUUUUCCUUCACAUUUAUUGUAGAAUAAAAUGGUCUAGCCACUUGUAUAGCACCAUAAAAGCUCCGUCAAGAGAUGUACUUUAAGAAUACAAAUUUUGGUAUGAAUUUGAAAUUACCCAGAGUUUUAGACAGCAACUGUCUUCCAUUUAAAGCAAAAUAAAGUUCCAUUCUUUUCUUUGCCCAAAACUAUAGCUAUUGUUUUGUCAGUCUGCCUGAAUUCACAGAUACCUGUAAAUUAGCAUACUUCUAAUACACAUUUAAAGAUCAAAGGACUUGGAACUUAAAUUUUGGUUUUUAAACAUCAAAAAAAAAAAUGGGUGCAUACACAAUGUAUGAAGUAAUGAAUGAAAUAUAUAUCCACGACAAUGUUGUAAUCCUAAAGAAAUUUAAAACAGACAAAGUAUCAGAGAUCUCCAUUCAUUACAUAAAAAAAUCCUUUCGUACAUCAGAUAAAAGGAAUGUUGAUUUGAAUUUGGUCCCAAACCAAUUCAUUUAAGGAACAAAAAAUUCACCUGUACAGCAGCUUUUAUUUGACACGCAUAGUUAACCUGAAACAAAACAACUAUACCAAUUUUGACCUUAAAAAAAUGGAUUCAAAAGUUUUAUCACCACCAUAGUUGUUCGCAUAUAUUUUGUUUUAAAAUUUGACAUCAAGCAUGAAAUAAAACAUUUCUCUAACAUCCCAUACAUUCUAGUUUGCAAAAGGUUUCAAGAUUGCAUGACAUUUUCAGUUUUACAGAAACACCACAGAAGAGAACUUUCACAUACAAAAUAUGAAUUUCAAAUUAUAUCGUACUCUUUUGCAAAAAGCACUGGCAUACACAUAUUUAAAUAACAAUUCCUAAAAAAAAAAAAAAAAAGUAUAUAUACACCUCAUAAACAAUUGGAAUAAGAAAUACAAGCUAA